AUGUACCACUCGAACUUCGAGUGGACGAUCUUCGACGAAGAUGGUCACCUAAAUUCGUCGGUCCUCGUGCAAGCAGCUUCGGGAGAUAAGCCCACGGUCGAGAAAGGCUCUCCCAAGGCUGCUAGCGCACAGACAGCUGCGACCGAGCCAGCGCGGCUAUCGAGGGACAUGACGGCGGCCGAUGGCUGUAACACGAGCGACACCUUGGCGACAAACACCCUGUCUCAGGCCGGCGACCUUUGCUGCGGUUGGAGCUGCGGCGGAAACGGCCAGCGGAAAUGGCGGGCGAAGGAGAACUGGGUGGCGAACCUCCUCCCUCUCGAGCUCAGUAACGUGAUUGGUGGCGAAGGUGAAACUACGAAGAAGCAGGCGAUUCUAGACGGAGUGACAAAACCGGGAGUUGUCGAUUUGGACGUUAUAACGAGCAACCUCGGGGUUUACGAGCUCGCCGUGUCAAAGUCUCUUUGGGGCGACGUGUUUCGAUAUAUAAGCUCGACCGAUGGGGCUUCCAAUGAUAAGGCAACCAAGAAGGUGAAUGCUGACGCAUUCUCGCUGCUGGAUCGCGCAUGGAAUAUCGCAACGACAGCGGUUGCUAGCGCGCGAGGAGACGAAACCAAGGCAGCCACCGGAGCCGAGACGGGGAAGACUAAAACGCGUACGAUCUUCUCCCUGCUACAGCCGCAGAAUUACCUGCCGCCGCAACUUCCGGAGCAUGCGGGAAGAAAAACGCUUAUCCUAGACCUCGACGAGACACUGAUUCAUUCUUAUUUUUGCAAGGUAGAUGAGGCGGACGCGCAGUUCUACAUAGAUAUUUUCGGGCAGAUGACGGACGUGUCCGUGCUGAAGCGGCCCGGAACGGACGCGUUUCUGGAAGCCAUGGCUGCGAAAUACGAGGUGGUGAUUUUCACCGCGAGUAUUCCAAACUACGCGAACGCGAUUGUUGAUUGGUUGGAUCCCGAAGGGAGACUGAUCCACCAUCGGUUGUACCGCGACUCGUGCACGUGGUGGCGGGGAGGGUACGUGAAAGACCUUGCUAAAGUGGGACGCGAUUUACGGAAUACAAUUCUCGUGGAUAACAGCCCGCAUUCUUUCGCAUUUCAGACGAGAAACGGCGUUUGCGUGACGUCGUACAUUGACGAGGUUGAGGACGAGGAAUUGACGGCGCUGACGGAGCCGCUGCUGAAGCUGACGGAGGAGGACGGAGACGUGCGCGACUGGCUGUGGACGUGUUACGCAGCGCCAGCGGAAGAACCGUGA